GAGCGGCUGCCUGAGUCACGGCCCCGCCCUCUGGAGCCGGACGCUGCGGGAGGUCCGGGAACUACAGACCUCCGGACAGCAGGACAGCUGAGCAGCCGGCCGCGGGACGCGCAAGUGAGGCGGUGAGCGCCUGGCCCAGAUUUCCCUUGCAUCUGCAGCCCCGGGCUCGGCAGCCCCCAGACCCAGCGAGAUCCUACAGUCCUGGCUUCUGGGAUCCUCCAAGAUCCAAACCCCCAGGCCUGAUCGAAGCCAUGUUCCUGGUUAACUCGUUCUUGAAGGGCGGCAGCGGCGGCGGAGGUGGCGGGGGCCUGGCCGGGGGCCUGGGUGAUGUCCUCGGAGGCUUCCUCGGCGGAGGUGGUGGCGGUGGAGGAGGUGGUGGCGGUGGCGGUGGCGGUGGCACAGCCAUGCGCAUCCUGGGCGGAGUCAUUAGCGCCAUCAGUGAGGCAGCUGCGCAGUAUAACCCAGAGCCCCCGCCCCCGCGCACCCAUUAUUCCAACAUUGAGGCCAACGAGAGUGAGGAGGUCCGGCAGUUCAGGCGACUCUUUGCCCAGCUGGCUGGAGAUGACAUGGAGGUCAGUGCCACAGAACUUAUGAACAUUCUCAACAAAGUUGUGACCCGACACCCUGACCUGAAAACUGAUGGUUUUGGCCUUGACACAUGUCGAAGCAUGGUGGCUGUGAUGGAUAGCGACACCACAGGCAAGCUGGGCUUUGAGGAGUUCAAGUACCUGUGGAACAAUAUCAAGAAGUGGCAGGCCAUAUACAAACAGUUUGACAUUGACCGAUCUGGGACCAUCGGCAGCAGGGAACUCCCAGGGGCCUUUCAGGCAGCAGGCUUCCACCUGAAUGAACAUCUCUAUAACAUGAUCAUCCGGCGCUACUCUGAUGAGGGAGGGAGCAUGGACUUCGACAACUUCAUCAGCUGCUUGGUCAGGCUAGAUGCCAUGUUCCGUGCCUUCAAAUCUCUUGACAAAGAUGGCUCAGGACAAAUCCAGGUGAACAUCCAAGAGUGGCUGCAGCUGACCAUGUACUCCUGAAUGGGACUCCCACCUGCCGCCUUGUUAGAGGAGCCACCGUGGACCUUGGUCUCUCCCAGGCUAAUCCUAUCUGCAGUCCCAUCUGCAUGGCUCCUACACCCCCACAGCCUUUUCUUCCAGCCCUUGGCACUCAGCUUCUCAGUCAGCAGCCAGGUCCCCACGUUCCCCAACAUGCCAUGCCCUGAAUGGCCCUGGCUGUGAGACAUUCUAGUAUCCUCUGCCCAAGGGUCACCACACCCAUCUGACAGCCUCUCCAUUACCUCUCUCCUGUACCUGUGCCAAGCCCAAUACUCAUGCUGCUCCUAUGCCCCAAGGUCCAUCUCAGUUCUGGGAGGAUCUCAAGUCCCUGGUACACUCCUUCAGUUACCACCUAGGUAGCCAAAUAAACUCCAGCCAUUAGGCCUACAUACCCCAGUGCCUUUGCCUGUACUCUGCUCCCAGUGGGCCAGGCCCAGGAGGAAAUAAAUGAGCUCCAGUUGCUACACCCA